AUGUAUGCGGUGGCAGAGGUCACUAUGGGCUCCGUGAUUAGGGAGCUUGGCAAUUUGCUCCAUGGCGAGUACAAGUUGUUCAAAGUAGCCAGGGACAAUAUCAUGUUUCUUAAAGCUGAGCUCGGGAGCAUGCACGUCUUCCUCAAGAAAAUGUCAGACACGGAAGAGGAGCCCGAUGAACAAACCAAGUGCUGGGUGGGCGAGGUGCGUGAGCUGUCCUACGAUAUUGAGGACAACGUCUAUGAUUUCUUGCUUCAUUCUGAACAUGAGUCCAACAACACCCCUCAGCAUGGCUUUAGGGGAUUCAUUGAUAAGUGCGUGAAUUUGUUGAGUCACUUCAGUUCAAAAAUUUCGUUUGGUCAUCAUCAUGAGACCAUAUACGAGUUUCAAGGCCUCAAGAGACGUGUUGUGGAGGCAAGCGAGCGACGCACAAGGUACAAGCUUGAUGGCGCUGUCUCGAAGCCAACGAACAAAACAAUAGAUCUUCGCCUUCUAGCACUCUAUGCAGAGGCGGCGGCCCUUGUUGGUAUCGAGGGGCCAAAGGGGGAACUAAUUCAGUUGAUGAUGGAUGAAAAAAGUGUGUCUGCAGGCCAGCUGAAGGUGCUAGUGGGAUUUGGAGGUCUUGGUAAGACUACACUUGCAAAUCAGAUAUAUCGCCAACUAGAGACCCAGUUCGAGUCUCGAGCUUUUAUCUCUGUAUCCCAAAAGCCAAAUAUAAGGAAAAUUUUGAGACAUAUACUUUCUCAAGUUGGUUAUGCCUGGAAGGAUACCAACAAGGAAAUAUGGGAUGAGGAUAAAUUGAUUAGGACAGUCCAACAAUGUCUUAAAAACAAGAGAUACUUUAUUGUUAUCGAUGACAUAUGGGAUGAAAUCACAUGGAACAUUAUCAGAUGCGCUCUUCCAGAAACCAUGAAAGGUAGCAGAGUAAUAACAACCACAAGAAUUGAUACUGUUGUGCAUCCCACCUUGGAAGGAAUGAGACAAAUACUAAGCCUUAGCUACAAAAACCUUCCACAUUAUUUGAAGCCAUGCAUGUUAUAUAUGGGUAUAUAUCCAGAGGAUUACACAAUAGAGAAGAGUGAUUUGGUUAGGCAAUGGGUAGCCCAAGAUUUUAUAAGUAAAGCCCACGGGCGAGAUCCGGAGGAUGUUGCAGAGGGCUAUUUUGAUGAGCUUGUCAACCGCAGCAUUGUUCAAGCCGUAGAUACAAAUUCUGGUGAAGAGGUGUUGUCUUGUAGAAUACAUGAUAUGAUGCUUGAUCUUAUUAUACACAAGUGCAGAGAAGAGAACUUUAUCACCACAAUAGACGAUUUACAUGAUAUGGCUGGAUUGCAUGAUAGGGUCCGCCGACUCUCACUCAAUUUGGAUGGUGUAAUAGAUGACACGGUCUUGGGAACCAUCCAUCUCUCACAAGUAAGAAUUCUAGCAAGAUUUGGUACCUCAGCAUACAAACCUUCUUUAUCACAGUUCAAGCACCUCCGGGUAUUAACUCUUGAGUUUGCAAGAGCAAACCAUGGACCUGUGCUACUUGACCUCACUGGAAUUUGCCAUUUGUUCCAAUUGCGUUAUCUAAAAGUUUUUGCUACUUUAUUAGUGCUACCAGAUAAAAUUCGGGGAUUACAACAAUUGGAGACAUUGGAAUUAGGAGCUUUGACAAACUACGUUGUUCAAGUUUCACUUCCACCAGAUGUUGUUCAUUUGCGCCGGUUGUUGCAUUUGACUAUUCCUUAUGGGACCCGUUUUCCCGAAGGGAUUGGAAACUUGACAAGGAUACGUACUCUGAGAUACUUUGAUUUGUCAUGGAACUCAAUAGACAGCAUCAGAGAUCUUGGGGGUUUGACCAAUUUGAGGGAUCUUAGUAUUAACUAUACCAAAUUUAACAGUGUGGCAGAUGCAAGUAAAAUACGUAUGGAUGCUUUGAGCUAUGCCCUUGAAAAACUUUGCAGCCCCAAAUCUUCUUCGUGCUGCCUUCUUCGGAGACUCCAUAUGAUGUGCAAGUUACCAAGGGUUCCCAACUCGAUCGGAGAGCUCCGUAACCUCCACCACCUUGAAAUUGAGGUUAUAGAGGUGCUGGAGGAUGAUGUCAGAAUCCUUGCACGACUGCACUCACUUAUCCACCUGAAACUGCACAUCUUCGGAACUCCUAAACAGGUCACCAUCUUUGGAAUGGGAUUCCCUGUUCUCAAGUGUUUUAGCAUCACGUGCACCAAUAUAUCAUUCCUGACCUUCGAGGAAGGGGCAAUGUCCAAGCUCCAACGGUUGGGGAUAAAUUUCAACGCACAUGGAUGUGAGCAGCUGGGUGCUCCACCUGUCGGCAUCCAGCAACUGGCAGGUCUCAAGGAAGUCGCUGUACAUAUUGGGGGCUGCCAGGUAGAGGAAUCUGACAAAAAUGCUGCAGAGUCUGCUUUAGGAAAUGCCAUUGCCGUGCACCCAGGUGGACCUUCAGCUAACAUCAAGUGCACAAACUCGUGGUUUUGUUUCGAAGACUUUGGACUGGAGGAUAUCAAGAUUUUGAGGAAUUUAACUAAACCACUUGAAGGCCAAAUGCCGAUCCCACAGGAAUCCAUGUGA